ACAAUUUCUCUCUGUGCUGAAUCUGCUUGCGGCUGUUAACAAUGUCCGUGAAGGUAAAUUAUACAGUAUUAUCGCCCAUAAGGUCCGAGGGCAUGGUUCAAAUAAAUGCACCCGGAAAAGAAAUAGGAAGGACUUGUAAUACUCAAAAUCAAGAAUCACAAUUAGCACGGCAUCUAUCCUCUACAUUUUCAGCACCGCAUCAUGAUCAGAUUGACGGAAAUUUCCAGAAAAUGAAAGCAAGCGGGAGCUGCAAGUUUCAGAUAACUGACGGGAAACUGAACUGGGGACAUAGUCGGAUUCAGAAAAAAGGAAAUCUUACGCGUCCUCCAUCGCGUAGUGCAGCGGCUUUAAAUAUCAGCAAAGACCACCUGCGCGUACCACAACACCUUCCCGAUCCCGCAGACAAACCUCUCCCAAAUCCCAGUCGCGCGCCCUCGAUCGACAUCACCCUUUCCUAGCUGCAGUAGAACCCUAGCAGCAGAUCGGGCAGCCGCCGGCCGGGAUGGAGGGGCUCGACGUCGACGACAUCUUCCACCACUACCGGCUGAGCCCUACGGAAGUGGACGCCGUCACCUACUACCUGCCACGCCUCCUCUCCGGCGAGACGCUGCAUGCCGUCGACAAGCUCAUCCACCGCGUCGAAAUCUCCGGCUGCGAGCCCAAGGAUCUGGCCGCCCGGUACGCGCCCGUGCCGCAGGCCGUGAGCAGCGGCGACCGGUUCUUCUUUACCACGUGCAAGAGCAAGAACGGGAGCAAGCUCCAGAGCGUGCGCGGCGCCGGCGGCGGCACAUGGACCAUACAGAAGACCACGGAGAUUUGCCACGCGGGAGUCAAGGUCGGCGAGGUCAAGAACCUGUCCUUCAAGAAGAAGGGCAAGUCCACGGGCUGGGUCAUGGAGGAAUACCGGUGCCUGCUGCCGGAGGCCACCGUCUCCGACGGGGUGAAGGUGUUCUGCAAGAUGCACUUGGCUCAGCAUGCUCCUGACGCGGCCCGCCAGGAAUCGGAAGCAUACAAGCUUCAGCAACAGCAACCAGAGGCCGUGACCCCGAGCACGCACGCGCAGAAGAGGCCAGCGCCGGCUGCCGCCGCCGAUCCUCAUCCUCCGCGCCCCAAGAAGAGGAUGAGCGGUGCUGUCCCCGUCCCGGCACCUGCCACACCGUCGUUCACCGCUGCAGCACCGGAUUUCUUGCCGGAUGAGUCCGUACCUGAAGCUGACGACGACAUGGACCGGUUCUGUUGCACAAUCGAUGAGCUUCUCGGGUUACAAGUGGAGGAAGAUCUCCCGGUCGGAGCUACUAACAGCAUCGAACAGAAUUUCUACUUGGAACCAGAGGGGCCGCAAAAGCUUUUCGCUGAUGCUGCAGAAGAAAUCGUCCCGCUCGAAGCUGACGAGCUGGAGUUCCUUAGGGCUAUACUCGAUGAAGGAGCAGAAGAGCAGGAGCGGGAGGCUGUCUCGACCAACGACAAGUCAUCCAUUGUUCAAGACGUGGGGACUUACAACCCGCUGCCGAUCAUCUUCCAUGAUCCAUUUGAAGAAGCGUGGAAGGCCGAAGAGGCGCUCGAGAACGAGAGGAGGUGCAAUGCCGCCGCCAAUCUUCACGCUGGAGGGCACAGCAACUUCUUCUCUCCUGCAAGUGUCUACUAA